AUGGCCUGCCUUUACGAUGCCCUGGAAGUUUCGGCCUCCGCCACAGAGGCCGAAAUACGCACCGCAUAUCGCCGGCGCGCUUUGGCAACGCAUCCGGACAAAGGCGGCCGCACCGAAGACUUCCUCCGGGUGGUCACGGCCUUUGAGACGCUGUGCGAUGCAGACCGCCGGAGCGCUUACGACGAGAAGGUUGCGAAGCAGGGAAGAGGGUCCAAACCCAAAGAGCCCAAAGAGCCCAAGGACUGCAAGACAAAGAGUUGCAGGAAAAGAAAGGGGAUGUCAGGGAUGUCGCCGAGGCAUACUGCCAGCUCCACCGCAUCUUCCGCCCACCCCUCUGGCUGCAACCCGGCGUCGCGCGGGGCUGUGGAAGAGCUACUGCUCCUUGCGUGCCGAGACUUGCUGCAGCGGCUGCAGGGUUUCAGCGACGGCGAGCUGCGGGAUCUCUACGACGUGAGCGAGACACUCCUUCAGCCAGCAGGCUCCGAAAUUCCUGGGGGCUCCGAGGGCGAAGCUGCGAGCAGCGACAGCGAAGACUCUGAAGACGGCGAUGCCCUCCUCGCGCUCGAGGAUGCGGGCAGCGCGGAAGACGAUGCGGGAGGCGAUGCCACCCAGGGAGCCGCGACGAGAGAAAGCCGAGAAAGCCGACCGCAGGCUCCCAUAAUGAUAGGCAUAAGCCGGAAGACGUGGAAGCAGAACGCCUAUGUAGGCUACAGCGCCAGAGUGCACUUCUUGAACUUGUCGGUGUGUGCGCAAGCCGUGAAAAGUUUGGACACCGCGAUUGACAUGCACAUCAGCUUGGUUCGCUUGCGGCAGCUGGUGCGCGCGAAGAUCGAGGAGGGCGUUCCGUGCAAGCAGGCUCUGCUGCAAGUGGUGGAGUUGAUAAGAGAGGAGCCUGGGUCGUUGUUGACAAUCAUUUUCCAUGUUUAUGAAUACUGA